CCCCUUUGGCUAAGCAUUCGAUUGUCAAUACAAAAGGCACUACUAGUACAAGAUCCCCAAUUUCUCACAUUUUUCAUCCAUUUCCGUAGAUAUUUCUCAACUACUGCAUCGUAUUCUGCAAAUUCAAAGAGUGUUUUCAUGUUUGAUCACUUCAAUCACUGAUGCUGACCAACACAAUUUUCAUCAUUGAUAUUCAUCCAAGUUUUUGAAACUUUAGUGCUGGGGUCUUGGAUUCUCAAAGAUGGGAGGUGGCAAGGACAAGCAUGAUGAAUCUGACAAAGGAAUUUUUUCAAACCUUGUUCAUGGGGUAGCUAAUGCAUCACAUGGUGGACAUGGAUACCCACCAGGGGCUUACCCACCCCCACCUGGGGCAUACCCUCCACAUCAAGGGUACCCUCCACAACAAGGCUAUCCUCCAGCAGGGUACCCUCCUGGUGCCUACCCUCCUGCUGGUUACCCACCAGCUGGUUAUCCUGCUUCGUCACAUGCUCCAGGGCAGCAUGGGCACGGGCAUGGCGGUAUGGGAGCAAUGCUUGCUGGGGGUGUUGCCGCUGCUGGUGCUGCCUACGGUGCUCACCAUGUCUCUCAUGGUUCUCAUGGCUCUCAUGGUCACUAUGCACAUGGUGCUCACAUGCCCCACGGGAAGUUCAAGCAGCAUGGACAUGGCAAGUUCAAGCAGCAUGGACAUGGCAAGUUCAAGCAUGGAAAACAUGGUAAGUUCAAGCAUGGAAAGCAUGGAAAGUUUGGAAAGCAUGGUGGUGGGUUCAAGAAGUGGAAGUGAGGAUUGUAUAUGCUAAACCAGGACUCUAGAAUGCUGCUCUGUGUAGAGCUUUUUGCUUUUGCUUUAUAAUAAACCAUACUUUGAUGAUGUAAUCAAUCAAUCUACGAAACUAUGAUGAUACCUGCUUUCUUGUUUUCUUUUC